UAAUUUGAUUUGUAACUUUAAACAGUGCCGUAAAACGCUUUUAGAAACGGCUUAUAUGACCUCAUGUUCUCAUUUAUUUUGUAACGAACAUGUUUUAAAUAUAACUACCAAGCAAGAGUUAAAAUGUCCAGUGUGUAAUAAUAUGUUUGAACCAAAUCGAGAUAUAAUUCGCGUUAACUUAAAUCCCGAUGAAGCAACUAAAUCCGUAAUGAUGGCAGGGUUAGUCCCGGAAGUAAUUAUGGAUGUAGUUACCAGAGCACUAGCGUUUUGGAUCUAUCAAGUAAAUUUGGAAAGUUUAUAUUUAGGAGCUGAUUUAAAAACAGCAAAUGAAAAAAUGGUAGUUUUAGAAAAAUAUUGUGAAGAUAAUUACGCUAAGCAUCAGAGUGAAAUCAACACUCUCAAACGUAAAAUUGAUUCUUUAAACGAGGAGUUGGAAAUGAAUAAAAGACACUGCCAAGUUUUGAUUCAAGAAUUGCAGGAAAAGGUGAAUCUAGUUGAAAAUUUGCAAUUAAAAAAUAAAAUAAGCACAACUGAAGAAUUUAUAAAAUCAAAAAAUGCUCCAAAUUAUUAUGAUUCAAAUCCUGCUCCUGGUCAAAACCCAGUAGCCAUGAACACUGCUCAAACCAAUGCGUUUAGAGUUCCGAAGCCGCAUAAUAAUGAUUUUAAAUUCAAACCAAAAUCAAUUGAUUCACCGCAAUUAAUGCCUCCAAUGCAUCCAUUUUAUCGUUCAGAUACGAAUGACGAGCAAGAUUUUUAUUUCAAACCAAGUAUGAAUUUCAAAUGAGAAUAAUCAAAUAGUUAAGUUACGG